ACCUCUGCCGUACAGAGGAAUGGUAAUUGCAUUUUUUGACGCAACCUUAGGGUGGGAGGGGCGUGUUGCAGAAACAAUAAAUGGAGUUACGUUCAUAAGAUUGGAGGUACUCGCGGACGGCGAUAAUGGAGUACAUAAUGCAGACAUGGCGGGCCCGCCGAUUAGAUUGGGAGAAUGUUCAAAUUCGUAAUGUUCAAUGGCGAACUAACGAUAGUUACUCAUGAAACGUGGCUUAUGGGCGUCGGGACAACUUUGAGCUUAAUGCUUGUCUUUUCUGUGUUCUUCUCGUGGUGGAAAAUGAGUCGUAAGGAAUCUCUCAUUCUUCCGGAGUGUUUUGGUUCAUGCAGUUGCAGGUCGAAAUAUUACCAAAUAUGCACAUUUAAAGUAGACUAGAAUGUGGGCGCAAUUUAGAAAGCGCUUUUGUUUCGACGAUGCUUUGGUCAAUAAAUGUUAUGAUAAAGGGCCUUCAUUUAUUGAAAUCACGCUGAAUAGUUUGUUCAGUGCUGGCCAGUCCUAGGAAACUUCGGGCAGGAAGAUUCUGAGUGGCAGCUGUGGUAUUGAUGAAGAAUAUAUGCCAGUCGAGGUUACAGGAAGGCGUUUCUAGCGGAGACUGAAGUCGGACGAAAAAUUGAAAAAAUUGAAUCUGUCAGAACCAAAAAUCACAUCAAGUUAAAUAUAUCGACUUUGGGAAUUAAAAGACAGCGGUUAAUUUAAAAAUGAGGGUAAAUAAGCAUUUCUGCAGUGUUUCUCAUGCUUGCAUUCCAUCCAAAUCUCAAGCUUUAAAUUGCGGGUCGAGAUUAUUGGUAGUCUCCGGCACAGUGGACCAUAAAUAUUCGCUGAGCGGAAAAUGUGGGAGAAGAAGAAGAGUUGUUGCGAGUGUUGCAACGGAGCAGUCUGUGGAUAACGCAGAGGGAACGUUAUCCACGGAGGGAGAAGCCUUUCUCGCCGGAAGAAGUGAAAAUGGGAGCGUUCAAUCCAUCACGAUAAGCUACAGGGAUAAAAAGGUGGGGAAGCACGUGGAGGGACGGAAGUACGAGAGCGUGAGUGUAAAGGAUUACAUGGACAGGUCACGAGAUUUUAUUGUACCAGACGGCGGACCUCCUCGCUGGUUUUGUCCGUUGGAGUGCUCGCACCCUCCAAAGGAUGCGCCCGUGCUGUUUUUCCUACCAGGUGUUAGGAGGAUUUCUUUUACAGUUAUUUUUAACAUUCAAUUGGAAACAUACACAGGAAUGGAUGGGAUUGGGCUGGGCCUUAUCCUGCAUCACCAGACUCUCGCAGACCUUUUUGAAGUUAGAUGCUUGCAUAUUCCAGUUAUGGAUCGGACAUCAUUUGAAGGGCUUGUAAAGUGUGUAGAAGAAACAAUCAGGUUGGAGCACAAGGUUUCACCCAUGAAACCAAUCUAUCUUGUAGGAGAUUCCUUUGGAGGAUGCCUUGCAUUAGCUGUUGCAGCUCGCAAUCCUACAAUUGACUUGAUCUUAAUAUUGGCCAAUCCAGCAACAUCUUUCAACAAGUCACAGCUACAACCUCUCUUUCCACUGCUAGAGGCUAUACCUCCAGAACUGCAUGGCACUGUUCCCUAUCUUCUCAGCUCUGUUAUGGGUGAUCCGGUUCGCAUGGCUAUGGCUGAUAUUAAUGAUGAGCUUCCAUUGUUGGAUACUGUUCAACAGUUGUCUGAAAACCUUGAGGCUUUGUUGCCACGACUUUCGAAUCUGGCAGAUAUUGUACCAAAAGAGACACUUUUGUGGAAACUGAAGUUACUUAGAUCAGCUGCACUCUAUACCAAUUCCCGUCUUCAUGCUGUCAAAGCUGAAGUAUUGUUGCUUGCAAGUGGGAAGGACCAGAUGCUCCCGACUCGUGAUGAAGCAAUACAUCUUUUGAAUAAGUUGUCUAACUGUAGAGUUCGCUAUUUUAGGGAUAGCGGGCACACACUUUUGUUGGAGGGUGGUAUCAACUUAGCAACUGUGAUUAAGAGCUCUAGGCUUUAUCGUCAUUCAAGAAACCGUGACUAUGUUUUGGAUUUUGUUCCACCAACCCCACAAGAAUUCAAAGAGGUCUAUGAUAAGAAAGAUUGGUGGUUUCGCGUAGCAACUGGCCCUGUAUUAUUUUCUACUUUAGAAGAUGGCAAGAUAGUGAAAGGGCUUACAGGGAUUCCUCAGCAUGGCCCUGUUCUGUUAGUUGGAAAUCACAUGUUGAUGGGCUUAGAGCUAGUACCACUGGUUGGGGAAUUUCUCAGACAACGGAACAUUUUUGUUCGUGGGAUAGCUCAUCCGGCUUUGUUUUCUAAGAGGUCAGAUGAGGGACUUCAUCAAGAAAAUCAAAUUGACGAUGUUAGACUUUUUGGCGCAGUUCCUGUAUCAGCAAAAAAUCUUUUCAGGCUUCUCUCUACAAAAUCAUUUGCUCUGUUGUACCCAGGAGGUGCACGGGAAGCUCUCCAUCGAAAGGGAGAGCAGUACCAGUUGUUUUGGCCAGAGAGGUCAGAAUUUGUUCGAAUGGCAGCCAGAUUUGGGGCCACAAUUAUUCCUUUUGCAGCAGUUGGAGAGGAUGAUAUUGCUGAGCUAUUGCUUGACUAUAAUGAUCUGAAGGAGAUACCUUACAUGAGUAACUGGAUAAAACAACUGAAUCAAGAUGUACAAAAUGUAAGGAGUGACAUGCCUGGGGAGGUUGCAAACCAGGAGGUGCAUAUUCCAGGGAUGGCCCCAAAAAUCCCUGGAAGGCUUUAUUAUUUAUUUGGCAAACCCAUUGCAACUGCAGGAAGAGAGAAUGAGCUGAAGGACAGGGAGAAAGCGCAUUCACUGUACCUGCAUGUUAAAGGUGAGGUAGAAGCAGGUAUGAGCUAUUUGCAGGAGAAGCGAAAAGAAGAUCCUUACAGACAGAUCAUACCAAGGCUUUUAUAUGAAGCAACCUGGAAUUUCACACGUCAAGCACCCGCCUUUGAGCCAUAGUUUGUGGCCUCGCUAGCUUCUAUCAAGACGAAGAAAAGGCUUGGCCAACCUCAUUAUAUGAACUCUGUUUUAAAUUUAGCUCUUGGAAAACUUGAAAUUGGUUAAAUUAUUACCAAGUCUGUGCAAGAUAUCCUGCAGUAGCGAUCUUGUAUUUUUCAAUUAUUUAGCUUUAUAAAGUAAAUAAAAGUUUGAGUCCAAUUCUUUUC